AUGUUCAAAACAUCCAAAUACAAACAUUUACAAUGCCAAGACUAUAAAUCAGAUUGUUGGUAUCCUGAUAUUAGGACAAGUGAUGGUGGUGCUGAAGUGACAAUGAUUGCUGGGACAUCUACAUAUUUAGCACUAAAUUGGAAAAGUACUGGCGCAGGAGUAAUUGGAUGUAUUCCAUUAAAUAAUACUAAUAAAAGAAAAGAAGAACCAUUAUUCUGCAAAGGACAUAGUGGCUCAAUAAUAGAUAUUAUUGCUUGUCCAUUUAAUGAUAAUCUUAUUUUUUCAUCAUCUCAAGAUUGUACUGUUAAGGGAUGGAACCUUCCUUUCCCAACAAAAUUAGGAGAAACAAUAACUCCUUCAUUCUCUCUUCAAGGACACAAAAAGAAAGUUGAUGUGAUUGCACACCAUUAUGCAGCUCCAUUAAUUGCAUCUGCAGGAAGUGACAAUUUAAUUAAACUUUGGGACUAUCAAAACCAAAACGAAGUAUGUUCUAUUGGAACUAAAGAUAUUUGUUAUUCUUUGAGUUGGUCAUAUGAAGGAGAUGUACUAGUUUCUAUGGGAAAAGACAAGAAGUUAAAUGUCAUUGAUUUUAGACAAGGAAAAAUUGUUAAAGAGUAUCAAGCUCAUGAAGGGAAUAAAUUAUCAUGUGGAAGAUUUGUUAAUAAGAAUAGUCCAUUUGUAUUUACUGUUGGUUUUGAUAGAAUGCAAAAUAGACAAUUUGGUAUAUUUGAUUUAAGACAAGAUAAGCCAUGUUGUAUUAAACCAUUCCCAUCUAGUAGUUCUAUUUGUAAACCAAUAGUAGAUAUAGACACUUCAUUAAUUUAUCUUUGUGGAAGAGGAGAUAGUAUUAUUAAAGUAUAUGAAUUUGAUUCAACAAAUAAAAAUUAUAUUUCUGAAUUAACUCAACAAAAUGCAGGAGAGUCUUUAAAAGGAAUUGCUUUAUUACCAAAAAGAGCAGUCCAUGUUCAUGAUUGUGAAAUUAAUACACUAUUAAGAGUAGGAAAUAAUAAAGUCAGUAAAAAUGGGUCAUAUGUUAUUCGUAGAGCAUCAACAAAGUACCAAAGUGAUUUGUAUCCAGAAAGUAUUUGGGUAGGUGCUAAUCAAACUGUUGAAGAAUUUAUGAAAGGAGAAAAUAAGAAACCAAAAGAAGUUAGUUUAGAAUGUAUCUUUGAUAGUAAAGGAGCUCUUGAUGCUGCAUAUGAACCUGAAGAUGUUAAAGAACAAAAGAAAAUUGAAAAAGAAAAGAAAGAAACAGAAGAACGUGAGAAAAAAGAAAAAGAAGAAGAAUUAAAACGAAUUGAAGAAGAAAAGAAUAGAGUUGUUCAUAAAGCACCUAAAAUUAUUCGUUCGACACAUUUUAGACAUAUUAAUACAAGAGCAUUUAAUAAAAAUACUAAUAUCAUUGAUUGUAAAGUUAAUACUAAUAACUCACAGUCAUUAAUUAAAGUAAACACCAAAUGGGUUGGUAUUCCUUGGACUGGUAUUGGUAAAGUUGCUGUUUGGCCUUUAGAAAAAUCAGGUAAAAUGAUUGAUCCAAUAUUUUGUGAUAAUGGUGGAAAUAUCAAUGACUUUACUUUUGAUCCAUUUGAUGAUAAUAUUCUUUAUAUAGGAGGAGAAGAUGGUAAAAUAAAAGUUUUCUCAAUUGCCCCUGAAGGAGCAACAAAAAUAAAAGAAGUUCAAGCACAUAAUAGAAAAAUUAAUGGAUUAUAUGUUAAUCCAUUUGUAAAGAAUUGUGUUAUUUCUAUUGGAACAGAACCAUGUUUAAAAGUCUGGGAUAUUGAAAAAGGAGAAUCACUUUUUGAUGUUACUGGAUUUGGAGAUAAUAUUAAUAAUAUUAGUUUCAGUUGGGAUGGUGAAAGAAUUGCUGUUUCAUGCAAAGACCAUAUUGUUAGAAUUAUAAAUUGUCGUAAUGGAAAUAUUGAAAGUCAAUGUGAAGUACCACAAAAUGGAGGAAAAGGAUUUUUAGUUUGUUGGUGUGGUAGAAUUGAAAAAUUGUUUACUGUUGGAUUUAAUAAAAUGUCACAAAGAGGAUAUUCAUUAAUAGACAUUAAGGAUAAUAUGAAAGUUAUUAACACUACUGUUAUUGAUACUGAGUCAUCAAUUUUAACACCAAUUUAUGAUGAAGAUCUUAAUGUUUGUUAUUUAAUUGGAAGAGGGGCUAAAACAAUGCACUGUUUUGAAAUAACUGAUGAAUCACCAUUUGUUCAUUCAUUGAAUAUUUCUACUUUUAAUGAUGUAGUUUAUGGAUUUGAUAAAUUCCACAAACAAUGUUGUGAUGUUAAAAAAGCUGAAAUUAUGCAUUUAGUUUUAUUAAAUGGAGAACCACCAUCAGUAAUAAGUCAAACUUCUGUUUAUGUCCCACGUGUAAGACUUGAAUAUUUCCAAGAUGAUAUUUAUCCUGAGACAAGAAAGAAUGAAGCUGUUUAUACUAUUGAAGAAUGGAUGAAUGGAGUUCAAAAGGAUAUUCCUUAUAUUAGUCUUCAACCUGAAGGAAUGAAGAAAUUAUCUGAAGCACCAGCUGAGAAUGAACGUGCUAAAUAUUCAUAUGAACAAGAAAGAAAACGAAUUGAAAAGGAAGAAGAAGAGAAAAGAAAUGCUGCAAUUUUUGAUCGUGUUUUUGAAAGGAUGAAUGAAAAAAGAGAUACAUUUGAUCCUAUUGAAGAUGAUUCUGAGUCAUGGUCUGAUGAUUAA